UGAUGAACAGUGCUUUACUCCAUCUGCUACCUUACGUCUUCUUCUUCUCUUCACCCUCUGCCUCUGCCUUUUCUCCAUACAAACAAAAAGCGCGUCCUUGCUCACUACCACCGAAGUCUGAUCCGGUGUCCGAUUUACGGUUUUGGUUUACGACUGUGGCCUAUUUCUACAGUAUCUGUUUGUAUGAAUAUGAUGAUGCGUCCGAUGAAUCCACCUCCAUUUCAUCCAGUUGCACCUGCACCAUGGGUCCCACCAAUGCCACCAUUGACAAGUGGCUUUUGGAACCCAACAAAUGUGCAAAGCUCCCUCAAGGAAUUACAAAACACUCUUCAUCUUGCAGAAGCAAUUUAAGAGUUGUUACAGGGAAAAGGAAUUGGAGAUGCUUAUGGCAAUGAAAGACGGAAACUUAGAAGAAACAGAGAAUACUGAUUCAAAUGAAACUAUAAUUGGAAGAUUCCAGAAGUUUCUUGAGAACAACAUGAUGACAUUGGAUACUCAAGAGAAAAUCUCAUUAGAAGCAGCAAAUGGAUUGAUAUCAAAACUGAACAUUGAUCUUCAACCAUUUAAGAUCAUCACUGAUGAUAAAACACCAUGGGAGGAGAAAUCUGCAGCUGUGAAAUUAGCAAAUAAACUCCAUAAGCAUAAAAGAAACAAACUUUGGAGGAAAAGAAAGAGACAACAAAUAGGUGAAAUGCUUGCAAAGGAACAUGAGCAAUUUGAGAAAGCUGAUCAAGAAGCUGAUGAAUGGAGGGCUAAGGAAAUUGCAAAAGAAAUCGCAAAGCAAAGGGUGGAGAAGAUGAAAGAAAUUGCAAAACAAAAAGCUAAAGAGGAGCGAAUAAGAUUAGAAUCAGAGCUAGAAUUAGUGUUGAUUGUGGAGAAAUUACAAGAAUUACGCUCGAUCAGGAUCCAGAAAUUAACAAAGCAAGGGCAUUUUCUCCCAGAGGAGGAUGACAAAUUUCUUGAAAGAAUUCGUGUUGCAGUUGAGGAAGAGGAGAGGCAAGCAAUGGCUGCAGCUGAUACAAAUACUGCUAAAGAUGCAAUUACAAAUUUUUUAAAUUCAGAAGAUGAUCAAAGUUUUGUUAAAAAUGGAGAUAAAGUAAUUGAAGAAAAAAUAAAUGAGAUUGAAGUAAAAGAAGGAACAAAUGCAGUUGUUGAUGUAAAUAAUCAUGGUAACGGAUAUUAUGAUUAUUCAGCAAGUUUACCACUUGAAUUUUAUCAUUAUUAUCAUGGAAGUAGCACUGAUAUGGGGACGCUAAUCGAGGUGAGACGAACAUGGGAUGCAUAUAUACGACAUGGAGGAAGUCGAAUACCAGGUCAUUGGGUUGAACCUCCCCCACCAGCUGAUGAAGUAUGGGCAUCAUACCUUGUGAAACAUUGAUGCUAAUUUUUUUUUAUUUUUUGGGUAAAAUAUUUAAAAAUUAAUUUUACUAAUGAUAUCUUGAUUUUGGUCAUAUAAGAUUUUUUUUACUUUA